UUCUUUGUGUGUGUGGGUAGGGUUUUGUUGCUCAGGUUGCAACGUAAACAGAUAGUGUACAGGUGCUUCACCUGAGCUCACGAUGCUCAGGGGGCUCCGAAUGUCGAAGGUCAUUCAGGGGAGGUGCAAACAUUACUUCGGGCACCAACAGCUCCUCAGAAUAUUACAAAAUGAUGACAACUGUUCAGCACGUCCUUACACAUCAGAUAAAACGCGGAGAAAAUCCUCAAACCAUUCAGAAACAAAUUUUACUAGUCAUGAAACGUAUAAAUAUUUCGGGAGUGCGUUCAUUGUCGGAGCGUCUCUAGGGCUUUACUACUUAUGGUCAGAUAGCAGAAAAGUUUACGCAUUAGAAAGUGGUCCAGGAGUGCGUAAAGAUGGACUGCAGAACUAUACGAUUGAAGAAAUCGGAAAACAUGACAACGAAAAGGACGGAAUUUGGGUGUACUAUAAGGAUGGUGUUUACGACAUCACCAAGUUUGUAUCACAGCAUCCUGGAGGGUCCGGUAAGAUCAUGAUGGCAGCUGGCGCUUCGAUCGAGCCCUUCUGGCUGAUCUUCGCUAAUCACAAUGUGCCGGAGGUCCAUAGGCUGUUGGAGUCCAUGAGGAUUGGAAAUGUUGAUAUGAGUGAGGAAGAAAAAUCUAAAAAAGAGGAGGCGAUGAGUGAUCCUUAUGAGAAUGAGCCGAGAAGACAUAAGGCUCUGAAAGUCAAUGGGAUGAAGCCCUUCUGCGCUGAACCACCUGCCCCCAUGAUGGUGGAGAGCUUUCUCACACCGCAAGACCUUUUCUAUGUGAGAAAUCACCUACCAGUCCCUGAAGUAGAUUUGAAAACCUACGAUGUCGAAAUUGCAAUCGAGGAUGAAACAAAAAAAGUUCUGACCGUGGAAUCAAUAAAAAAAUAUCCCAAAUAUACGGUGACAAGUGCUGUUAUGUGUGGAGGAAACAGACGAUCAGAAAUGAAUGCCGUAAGACCCUUGCGAGGAUUGAGUUGGAAUGUUGGGGCAGUUGGAAAUGCCGCGUGGUCAGGUGCUCGCCUCUGCGACGUUUUAUUAGACCUGGGAAUCAAUGAGAAUGACUGGGACCACGUGCAGUUCGAGGGACUGGACCUGGACCCUUCCGGAGUUCCGUAUGGGGCCAGUAUUCCCAUCAGUAGAGCCUUGGACCCCAGAGCAGAUGUCAUUCUCGCUUAUGAGAUGAACGGACAACCUCUUCCUCGGGACCAUGGCUUCCCUAUCCGAGUGAUUGUUCCGGGGGUGGUCGGGGCUAGGAACGUGAAGUGGCUCGCAAGGAUCGUCAUCGCAAAAGACGAAAGUCCUUCUCAGUUCCAACGAGGGGACUACAAAGGAUUCUCCCCCAGCACCGAUUGGGAUACUGUGGAUUUCUCCAAAUCUCCUGCCAUUCAGGACAUGCCGGUGACCUCCGCUAUUUGCAAUAUUGUGCCAGGGGAGACUGUUCGGUUGAAGGAUGGAAAACUUAAUGUCAAAGGAUAUGCUUGGUCAGGUGGAGGUAACAAGAUAAUCCGGGUAGAUCUGACAGCGGAUCAGGGGAAGACCUGGCACGUGGCAGAACAUAUGCAGCACGACAGGCAGGCCCAGGAGGGCAGGCACUGGGCCUGGAGCCUCUGGAGUGGAGAUAUUCCAAUUGAUCCAAAUGUCUCGGAAGUCGAGAUAUGGGCUAAAGCUGUGGACUCCUCUUACAAUGUUCAGCCAGAGAGCUUUCAGAAUAUCUGGAACCUCAGGGGAUUGCUCUGUAAUGCCUAUCACCGAGUUAAAGUGAAAAUUCAGAACUAAUUUAAUGUCAGCGCGUUUAGAGAGUCCUUUUCAGGAAAUGACAUUUCCAGUAAAUUAUCUUCUGAUAUUUAUUUGCAAUUUUCUAGUUUCAAACCUAAUUCUAGAAUAAAUUUGGGUAAAAAUUUUAAACAUUCAAUUUGAAAUUCAGCUAUUAACGUGAUAUUGAUUGGUGCUAAGAUCAAAUGCAGGCAGAUAUUUAAAAAAUGAUUGGUCUCAGCCAAUUAACUGGAGAAACAUACCAAUAAUUCAAAACACUCAUUUUUAUUUCUCUAUGCACCCCAACAAUCCAUGACACUGCAUUGAUUCAAUAAAAAAAUUGUACCUCA